CUCUUCCCCGAUAUUUCUUCUGCGUUGUCCCGCUGUAGCAAUGUUGGUCUCGCGAGUGAGAGGCGUCGCAAGAUGUUUGCAAAGCACGAUUCUUAACAUGCAGUUUUUAAAGGUUAUCACACUUCGAAGUUAUGGAUCAAUAUAAUAUGCGUUCAUCCCUUGUGCUGGUUUACACCGUAUUUGACAUGUAGUGUGUGUGGGGUCGAUUGAAAGUUUGUUGUCGUCGACCACUGUUGAGCGUAUUUUGAAGUAUGGGUCGCGGUGAGUUUGAAACUCAUUCAGAGGAUGUCUUUUCCUGAGUAUCAGCAGCGGUAUGGCGCAGUUUUUUUCUGCGUCUUUAUAUGUUCCCCAGUCUCUAUGAAACGCGGAGUGAGGUGUAUUGUUUAGUCAGAAGCAGAGGCUAAUUGUCAUCUGGACUUGAGGGGCGCAUGGAUUUCGUGAGGCUCGUCUCAUGUGUGCGUCCCCAUUCGGAAUUUCUCAAGAAGUUAGGCUGGUGAGUAUUGCCCACGCUGGGUCUUGCCGAUGAAGCGGUGAAGGCAGGUGCGCGUGGGUGACCGAGCUUGAAUCGCUUUUUGUCAUAGGUCCCGCAGGCCUUGUAUGGUACGUGAAGCAUAGGAUCUGCAAGGUUAUGAAGGGUGCCUGUUUCAGUGAAGACCACAUUGUCUUCUUCUCUGCCCCCAUCCCCUUCCCAGAGGAUACUAUAGUACGUACCCAAGAGUGGGAAAGAUUCUCGCAGUGCAACUCGCCUUUGCUUCACUCUUCAUCCAGUUGAUCAACUAUGUUCCGAUCAUCUUACCGCACACUUGUAUAUACAUGAGGCUGCUGUACAUGAAGAGUUUAAUUUUGUACACAUACACCCACGGUGUCUUUGGACUUGGAGCAAUAUAGGUUUUGGAAGUUGUUGAAACUGGGAAUGCGGUAACGUGCUUGGGUAAGAGUGAUAGACUGAAGACGGGGUUCGUUGGGGCUGGAAGCGCACGAAUCAGCAAAACUGGAGAUCGCAAGGAACCUAGGUGGUGUCCAGCACCUGGCUGGGGCCUGGAACUCGUUGGAGAGCCGUCCAGAGAUGAACGAGAGGAGACGACCUUUGUCGGGAUUUCGAGUGGAGGGAAACGAUGAGGAGGUGAUUUGUCCGAAACCGCGGCGACCAACGAACGUGUCGUGUCCUGUAAACGAGUUGAUGAAGCCUCCAAGGCGGCGACGAGGUCAGGCGACGGUGCGAACAGAGGGAGAUGCGGGAUUUGAGUUAUUGGAUAUACUUCUGAGCAAGUUGGGGCAGCGGUGGUACAGGAUGCGGGGUGGUAAUGUGUGGGCGUACUGUGGUGCAGGGUGGGUGUGGGGACGUAUCGAAUUUUGGGUGUUCGCCGCCGUACUUCUGCGGGUCGCCUCCGAGUCGGUCGGGGAAUCCGCUGAUUCACGACGUGCAGUUCCUGCAGAGAGCUCAGUCGGUUCUGUCGCAUCAGGUGUCGGGUCGCGGGCCGACGUCUUUCGGCGGGAAUCCGAUGGUGCGAGUGGAGGGGUUUGCGUCGGGCGGUGCGGACUCGCGGUCUCGAGUAUCGGCACUUGCGUGACGGUAGGGUGGGGGUGGAAGUGGAGACGUUGUAGGUAGCGAGAGAGAAAGAGAGAGAGAGAGAGAGAGAGAGAGAGAGUGUGAUAUUGGAGAAGGCGAUGCCAGUGGGAGGGCGAAUAGAUUUUUGGUAAUGAUUUUGUGACGCUCCAAACGCGGUCAGAUGAAGUCGAAGGUGCACACAGCGGAAGCGGUGCUGGGUGUGCACGAGACGGCCCAGAGGAAGUUCGAGGAAUCAGGUUUGACUGAUUUGGAGGUUGGACACGCGCGCAGCGGUGUAGAGGCGUGGUCGAAGGAUCCUGGGGGAGGUGGCUUUUUUUCGAGUUUGGAGAGUAUUUUUCUUUUUAUACUUUUUUUAUAGAAUAUUUUUUCGCAUAGUUAUUUUGGAAGUAUUUUCUUGGUGACUUUUUCUUGAAAAUUGGAAAGAUUUGAUCCCUGUACACAUGACGGAGCAGAUGUAGUGAGACAGUUUAGCGAGCAGCGGCGAGGAAACCAGGAAAUCGGUUGAAAGCGCCAUGAAUUGGUGCGUGGCACAGCCCAGCGUGUUGGGUUGAGUGCAUGGGGAGAGAGAGAGAGAGAGAGAGAGAGAGAGAGAGGGGGAAUUUCCGGAUAUAGUUGUUCAAAAUUUUGACGGCGUUUAGUUCUGUACAUACACGCGACCCUGUAAUCUUACUGUAAGCGUUUCCCAUUGGGUGUGUCCAUGUAAUUUACGAGCCCUUUGACGAGGUGCAGCCUGUACUACAACAUUUGUGCAAAUAAAGCGUCCAUUACCUUGA